GAGAAGAGCAUCCUGGAUGAACCAGACUCUCCUUUAGAGGUUAGAAUUUGCUAGCUAUCGAAGUCACUCUCUAAAUCCCUUUCCUCUUAUCUUCAGCACCUUGGAGAGCAACAUGGUUUACAUAUUCAAAACCAUUUUUUUUUUCAAGUUACAUUUCCAUUGUCUCUUAGAAUAAGUAUUACAUUUUCAUACAAUCUGUUUUUUCCAAACAUAUACAUCUCAUGUUCCCCAUUUAUUCGCCAUUGUAUUUAGCAAUUCUAUACUGUAUAGUACCAAAUAAUAUUGGCGAGUUACAAAAGAAGUCUUCUUUUUUCCUUUGCUUUUUUUGAUUCUUUACCAGGCUUAUCAGUUUGUUUUGCACUUUUCAAAUGCAAUUUUGCUUUGUGAACUCAGAGUGCCGCUGUUGGCCAUGUCUGUAUUAUAUUUACCGCAGACUCAUUGUACCUCCCACCGUGUCUUUAUUUUAAGAGCGAGAAAGAAACAAGCAAAGCACACGGUCUGGACUUUACCGAAGAUACAGGGAUUUUUAACACAUUGGGAAUAUGCUUUGAAAACCGGCGUUGACUGAAAAAGAUCGCAGUGCAAAACCCCCAAAGCCAUAGCAUACUUGUUUUACACUGGAAUAACGUCGGCCAGAACAAUGAGAGGGCAAGUACUGUCGUGUUUCUUGGUCCUUUCCCUCAGCUUGGUGCUCGGACAGGUCAGCUACUCCAUCCCCGAGGAAAUGCCAAAAGGUUCUCUUGUAGGCAACAUGGCGAGGGAUUUUGGCUUGGAUGUUAAACGACUAAAAUGGGGUAAAGCUCGCAUUUUUACUCGAGACAGUGACGGGUAUAUUGAGCUGAAUAACGAAAGAGGAGUCCUCCUCAUCAAAGAUAGGAUAGACAGAGAGGCGCUCUGUGGACAAACGACGCCCUGUGCUCUACACUUUCAGAUUAUAUUAGAGAAUCCGAUGGAAUUUUACAGUGUAACCAUUGAAAUCACAGAUGUUAAUGAUAACUCUCCAUCCUUUGAAAAGAACGAUGUCAAAUUUAAAAUUAGUGAAUCCGCUGUGAGUGGGGCUAAAUUCAUAUUAGAUCGCGCAAUUGAUUCAGAUGUAGGCUCAAAUGGGUUGCAAACGUAUAGACUUGAACCGAGAGACAAUUUUGUUGUUAAAUUACAUGAUCAAGCAGAUGGAACGAAAAACGUCGAAAUGGUCUUAGAGAAACCUCUUGACAGAGAAAAGAAUGAAGACCUUUCUUUAAUUCUGACGGCGGUGGAUGGAGGAGAGCCGCAGAUGACAGGAACAAUGCAGAUUAUAAUCACUGUUUUAGACGUGAAUGACAAUGCCCCUGUUUUUACGCAACCUAUUUAUAAAGCGUCUAUAAAAGAAAAUGCACCAGUAGGAACAGUUGUAGUGACAGUUACUGCAACAGAUGCAGAUCAUGGAUCUAAUGGAAGAAUAACGUAUUCAAUUUCGAGUAUUUUAGAUCAUGCCCGUGGUUUAUUUGAAGUAAAUGAUGAAAGUGGUGAAAUUCGGCUAAAAGGAAAUGUUGACUAUGAAAAAGCUCGAACAUUUCAGAUAAACAUCCGGGCUAGUGAUGAUGGAGGACUAGUUGACUCAUGUAAAGUGGUAAUCGACGUGAUUGACAUGAAUGACAAUAAACCCGAUAUCCAUAUAAUGUCAAAAUCAAACGUGAUAUCAGAAGAUGCCAAACUCGGUACUGUUGUGACAAUGAUAAAUAUUGAGGACGCAGACUCCGGUGAAAAUGGUAGGGUUCAAUGCAGUAUAAAUGACAAUAUUCCUUUUGUGAUGAAGUCUACAACCAAUGAUUUCUACAGUUUGAUUACAGAUAGUGGUUUAGACAGAGAGACAGCGUCUGAAUAUAAUAUAACUGUGACCUGCUCUGAUGAGGGAGUGCCCUCC